GGGAAGAUAUGUAAUUAACGAGCUCUUCUAGACCUAAGAUUCUCCACGAAUUCGUUCUCUCCUGACAAGACCAUCGCCGUUUUGGAGCAGAAGAUCUCUCUCCUCCAGCAAGAGCUGCAAGAGCUUAAGGAGAGGGAGAGAAUGAGGAACAAAAUGAAUGAAAAUGUUAUUAAGGCAUUGAAGGAAAAUUCAAAACAUACUGAAUUUGAGAAGGAAAUGAUGAAAUUUCAGCUGGAUGCAUAUGAAACUUUACGGUGUUCAAAAUUUGAGAAGUUUGCGCCCCAUGUCAAUGAAACAUUUGUAUCAAAGCUUCUCUAUUCUUCUCCAGAGCCAGUGAAGGAGAAAGAGAAAAUAUUUCAGAAAAGAAGUAGAAGUUUACACGGUUCCAGAUCCCGAAGUCCUUCUCAGCUUCGUCAGAGUAUUUCAUGAAUGAGAUUGUCCCAAGGUAAAUUAUGUUCUAAACCUGGCUGCCCAGGGAACCAUCGAGACUCGCAUCGUUGCCAUAAUGGUAAGAAUAUCAGAAAUUUACAAACCAGUCGCUCUCCAAAGAAAAACUUGGGAUGUGGAGUGCAGACUAACAUCCAAAUGAGGGAUUUAGAAAACUUUGAUCUUUCUGAGAUCAAAGUUUUCAAGACUUAUGAGAAGAUGCUCGAGAACACCUCAAAGCUAAUCUGUAAACACUGUUCUGUCAAGCUGAGGCCAGAGAAAUUUUAUGAGCAUAUUUUGCUUGGAAACUGACAGAAUCAUAUCUCUAAGCACUCAAGGAAAAGAUCUGAGGUGAUAAAGGGAAAUGAGAUUCAGUAUAAGAAUAAAGAAGUAGUAGGAACUUGAGGAAAUUGGAACUCAUUAAACCGGCCCGAUAAAGGAUCCAGGAAAGAUAGCUCACUUAUUUCUCAGAAGACCUGAAAAUCUAAUGCAUUGAUACAGAUUGAUCAAAAUUCUUGUACAGAAUUAGGUAGUUCAAAGGAUGAGUUACUCAGAUAUCUUUCCCUCAACAACCCUAAAUAAACUUUCUUCUCUUUCAAUCAAUAA